CAUGACUGGAAGGUCUGGUUAAAAUGCAGAAUCAGCAAAGGAAACUAAGGAAACCGGGGAGUGGAUGACCGGCAAGCGAAGCGGCGUUGGCUGCUCCAGAAUGAAUCACAGCUCCAAGAAGGGGAAGUAGAGCCCAGCUGGCGCUCGGCUAUGGCCUGUGAACCACCAAUGGGCCCCAGCGGGGCAGCCAGCCCACUGCCCACCUCCUCCCCGGGCUGGAGCGCCUUGCCUGGAGGGAGUCCUCCGGGCUGGGGGCAAGAGCUCCGCAAUGGCCAGGUGCUCACGGUUCUCCGGAUCGACAAUACCUGUGCACCCAUCUCCUUCGAUCUGGGCGCCGUGGAGGAGCAACUGCAGACAUGGGGCAUUCAGGUCCCUGCUGACCAGUACAGGAGCUUGGCCGAAAGCGCCCUCUUGGAGCCCCAAGUGAGAAGAUACAUCAUCUACAACUCCAGGCCCAUGCGGCUGGCCUUUGCUGUGGUUUUCUAUGUGGUGGUCUGGGCCAACAUCUACUCCACCAGCCAGAUGUUUGCCCUGGGGAACCACUGGGUGGGUGUGCUGCUCGUGACCCUGGCCGCCAUGAGCCUGACCCUGACCCUCGUGCUCAUCUUCGAGAGACACCAGAGGAAGGCCAACAGCAACACAGACCUUAGGCUGGCGGCUGCCAACGGAGCCCUCCUGAGACACCGGGUGCUGCUGGGGGUGACGGACACGGUGGAAGGCUGUCAGAGCGUGAUUCAGCUCUGGUUUGUCUACUUCGACCUCGAGGACUGUGUGCAGUUUUUGUGUGACCACAUUCGAGAGAUGAAGAUGAGCCAAGAGUCCUUGCUGCGAAGCAGAUUGAGCCAGCUGUGUGUUGUCAUGGAAACCGGGGUGAGCCCCGAGACAGAGGAGGGGCCCGAGAACCUGUUGGAGGAAGCUCCUCUCCUGCCCGGCAGCCCUCAUCCCGAGGAGAGGCCACUCAUGCAGACUGAACUUCGCCAGCUUGUUCCUGAGGCUGAGCCGGAGGAAAUGGCCCAGCACCUGCUGGCGGUAUUUGGUGGCUACUACAUCCGGCUCCUCGUGACCUCGCAGCUCCCCCAGGCAGUGGGGACACGACACACAGACUCUGCAAGGUUUCCCUGCCCCUGCCAGCUCGUAGAAGCCCAUAUCCUGGGCACUGGGUGCUUCCCCUUCCUGGCCAGGUGACCUAGGGAGGAAGGCACCCAGCUUCCUGCAAGGCUGAAGGUGAGACAUCGGUAAGGCUUGGUGCCCCAGCUGGCUGCACGUGAGCCCCCAGGUGAAGAGAGAAGCAUCUAGGAGCACGCUGAAGAGUGUCAGUCAUGUCAGCAGCAGGGGUGGUAUCGUGCUCACUCCAGGACUCUGCACAGAAAUGCCUGUUGACAUCCCAUGCUGACCCCUGGCCUUUUCAGAAGCUGCUGGUAGCCAAGCUGGUCCCACUCCAGACUACUCUGUGCUGCCUAGAACCAGGCGCACGGACGGAGGGCCACUCUCCCAUGCCUUUCAUUGUUUGGAGAGCCCAGGAAAUGUGAAGAGGACCCUACUGGGCCAACCAUGUGUCCAAAGCUUGGUCUCCGAUGAUGCUCCCAUCCUCAGCUACUUCAUGUCAGAUGGGCAAACUGAGCCUUGGAGAGGACUCUGCUCUCUGUAGCAUUACCUUGGCCCUCUAGAAUUCCUAAUCUGAAGGAAAGAAGUCAGUUCUCAGAAUGUUCCCCCCUUUUAAGUUUCUCCUGCCCUUUAUUUUAUGAAAAACAAUGGCCCCAUGUUGUUUGCUAGCACACACACUUCCAGGGGACAGAAGAAAGAAACCAACAGCAUGUAACUGAUGAUGGAACUCUUUGGAAAAGAUCGAUUCUGAUUUGUGGAUGUCUUUUGUUUAACGGCAUGCAUGCUUGUGGUUGUGGUUUUCUCCUUCAGGCCUAGACCCACAGUCCUGUAUUUUCUGACACUAACACUGUCCUGGAAUGAAGCAUAAUCUGUCACUCAUGGCGUUCCAUGAAGAGCUCGGGGGCUUCCAGGUUCUCUGCUCCUGAGCAAGUUUGAAGACCGAUUAUUCCAUAGGCCCAAAUUCAAAAGACGUGCCCUGGCACGGGAAGGCUCCCCAACCUCCAGGACCCAGCCCUCAUCUGUAGUUUUGGCUUCAUCUCCCAUAGAACUUCUUGCUAAGUUGAAACUUUUUCCUGGACUAACAUACCUAUUCCGUUGCGUUCGUUGAACUCCUGUGCAUGCUUCAAAGCCCAGCUUUACUUACCCUCCUUCAGGAAGCCUUUCAACAUAGAACAUGCCCUGCUUCGCUGCCUCCUCUAAAUUCUUAAUGUAGCUGCUGCCUUUGUUGAGGUUUUAUGUUAUUCUGCUUUCCUAUGCACAUGUGUAUUUUUCGAGCUAGACUAAGCUCCUGAAGGACAAAGAUCUCACCUUAUAAUUUUUGUGCAUGGCCUGGACCUGCUAAGGAAAAAAAUCCAGUGGAUUGAGUGCUUUGUCAUCUCCAUAGUAACAUUUGCAGAUUGUGCUCUCUACU